AUGGCGGUUCGCAGCCAUACAGACUCGCUCUGGCGGUCUCUUGGACUUCUGCCCGAGGCAUUGGCCCACCUCCAUCUCAGCGAGAGACCAGAUCCCGCAGUCAACUCCUCAUUCAAGCUUGGCACUGUCGCACAGAGCUCGAUCGGCUUGUCGGCUUUGGCAGCGGCGCAUUUCCAUCAACUGAGAACAGGAGCAUUGCAGACAGUCCAUGUAGAUGCUCGUCAUGCCGUCAUCGAAUUUAAGAGUGAAGCGUAUUAUGCCCUACAAGGUCGGUCGAAUAAUGACAACGCCUUAUUCGAGCCUCUCGCAGGUUUGUACGCCACAAACAACGACGGCCAUGUUAGAAUCCACACCAACUUCCCGCAUCACAAACAGGGAAUCCUGAACAUCCUUGGGUGUGAACCUUCAAGGGAGUCGGUCGCAAAAGCACUUCUGCAGUGGGACGCCGUCGAAUUCGAGACAGAAGCUUCGUCACAGAAAGCGGUGGCCACAGCCCUACGGUCCUUUGCGGAGUGGGACACGCAUCCUCAGGCCAAAGUACUCAUCGAUACCCCGCCUGUUGUGCUCAUUAGAGUUGGAGACGCACCAAAGCGAGAAGCAAAGGCGGAUGCAGCUCGUCCUCUCCAAGGUAUUCGAGUACUGGACCUAACACGGGUACUCGCCGGUCCUGUAUGCGGACGAACACUUGCUGCGCACGGUGCAGACGUCCUUUGGAUCACAUCCCCCAGUCUACCAGCACUCCCUCUUCUCGACAUCGAUACCUCCCGUGGCAAACGCACUACUCAGCUUGACCUCAAUGCCACCAAGGAUCGGGAACAGCUGUCAUAUCUCAUUCGCGACAGCGAUGUUUUCCUGCAGGCUUACCGCCCGGCUGGUUUAGCAAACAAGGGGUUCGGCGUCGAAGAUGUCGCACGAGCACGACCUGGUAUUGUAUAUGCCAGUUUGACCGCGUAUGGCUGGGAUGGUCCUUGGAAGGAACGCCGCGGCUUUGACUCACUCGUUCAAACGGCUACCGGAUUCAACGUGGCCGAAGCAGAGGGAUACGCGGCCUUCACCGGAGCGGAGUUUGAGCCUCCGAGGCCGCUCCCUAUGCAAGCACUGGAUCACGCUGCCGGCUAUUUGCUAGCGUUUGGUAUUCAGGCGGCGUUAUGCAAGACCAUCACAGAAGGUGGUUCAUGGGAAGUCAGAGUCUCCCUUGCGGCCGUGGCGCAAUGGGUGAGGUCCUUAGGUCGCGUUGAUCCCCAGAUUGCAUUCGGGGAAGGAAGGCCUCUUCCACCUCGCUCCAUGGAAGAUGAAGAGCUUUCGCGGAUGGUGGUAGAGGUCCCUGUAAUUUCUGCGCAAUGCGAACCUCAGAAAGCCAUGAAGGCGAUUCGGCACUCAGCGGUGUUGUCUGCUACUCCGGUUCAGGAAGGAGAGGCUCCCAUGCGUCUUGAUUCUCAUCCACCCCAAUGGCUACCCCGAGUGUAA